GACAUGGAAAUACACCCUAAUUGAUUGUCAACGUCGCCAUUUUAAUUGUCUAUUUUCACAAACGUCAGAUAAACAAAAUCUAUAACAGCAUCAUCCACGUUUUAAUUGAAUAUAAACAACAAUCAUUCAUACAAUCACAACAAUAAAUAAACAGAAUGGGUGAAAGAUAUAAUAUUCACAGUCAAUUAGAGCAUCUUCAAUCAAAAUACAUUGGAACUGGUCAUGCUGAUACAACAAAAUUCGAGUGGUUAGUUAAUCAACAUCGUGAUUCAUGCAGUUCAUACAUGGGACAUUAUGAUUUAUUAAAUUUUUUUUCAAUUGCUGAAAAUGAAUCAAAAGCACGUGUUAGAUUUAAUUUAAUGGAAAAAAUGUUACAACCAUGUGGACCACCACCAGAAAAACCAGAAGAUUAAGCAAAUUUAUAUUUUUAAGACUAAUGAAAAAAAAAAAUAUAAUAACACUCAUUAUUAAAAACAAAAAAUUUAAAUAUUAUUAUUAAUAAAGAUUGGUAAUUAAAUAAUAAAUCAUUUUUUUUUUUUUUCUAUUUCUAUAAAAAUAAUUAUUUAUUU